AGUUGAAAUACAAGACGCAGGCAACGAGUCGGGGGCUCAAAACGCGAACCCUCAUUUUUUUCUCUCUCGCUACGCGUUUUCGUUGACCUGAUAAUCUCUCUUCAAGAAUUCAAAUAACUGUUCCCAACUUCAAGAUCUGUUAACUCCAACACUUAAUUGCACAAAUCCAAGAUCUGGUAAAAGAGGAUUGAAACGCCUACGUUUGUGAUAACAGCGGUAACUCAGUUCAGGCCUUGAGGUUUCCUGUUACUUAUGCUUUGUUUACGGAUCUGGUUCUUAUAGUACUUCCAUCGAAUUUUUUGGUUUAGGUUUGGAUUUUUUUGUUUUGGAAAUGUCGAUUUUGCCCAAGGGCGAUUCGAUUCACAUUCGAGAGGUGUGGAAUGAUAAUCUCGAAGAGGAAUUUGCUUUAAUUCGUGAAAUUGUUGAUAAGUAUAAUUACGUAGCCAUGGAUACUGAGUUUCCUGGCGUUGUUUUGCGUCCGGUUGGGACUUUCAAGAAUAUAAACGAUUAUAACUACCAGACGUUGAAAGAUAAUGUUGAUAUGUUGAAAUUGAUUCAAUUGGGGCUAACGUUUUCGGACGGGAAUGGAAAUUUACCUACUUGUGGAACGGAUAUGUUCUGCAUCUGGCAAUUCAAUUUUCGCGAGUUUAAUGUAACAGAAGAUAUAUUUGCAAGUGAUUCAGUGGAGUUGUUGCGCCAAUGCGGGAUUGACUUUAAGAAGAAUAAUGAGAAGGGUAUUGAUGUGAAUCGAUUUGGUGAGCUUUUGAUGUCAUCAGGGAUUGUGUUGAAUGAUGGUGUUCACUGGGUUACGUUUCAUAGUGGUUAUGAUUUCGGGUACCUACUAAAGUUGUUGACUUGCCGGAAUUUGCCUGACACUCAAUCAGGUUUCUUUGAUUUAAUCAAUAUGUAUUUUCCUAUGGUUUAUGAUAUCAAGCACUUGAUGAAGUUUUGCAAUAGCCUUCACGGUGGGUUGAACAAGCUUGCUGAGUUGUUGGAGGUUGAAAGGGUCGGUGUGUGUCAUCAGGCAGGUUCCGAUAGUUUGCUCACUGCUUGCACAUUUAGGAAGUUGAGGGAUAACUUCUUCAACGGCUCCACAGAAAAGUAUGCAGGUGUAUUGUAUGGUCUCGGUGUCGACAAUGAUAAGACUACUAAUUGAAAGAUAAUAAUUGGGAAAAGAUUGGAUAUUUGUAGACUACUUGAGUGUGAAACUCUGUUUUCUCUUUGUAUACUUUGGCAAAAUGAUUGUUGUUUUAGUUGUGACCUUUCUUCUUGUUGCUGUGUAACUGAAACCUUGACUGGUUUUGUAGUUUCAGUUUCAUGUAAAUUAUUGCAGUUAGUGUUUCAAUAAUAAUUUUAAUGAUUCCCAACUUA